AUGCCAAAGAAUCAAAAAGCAGUAGUUGCUACAAAGAAAGAAGAAACCAAAGACAACUCAAGACGCCAAUCAAUGGAUGAGUAAAAAAACAGAAGACAACAAAAGGAACAAAAGAAUGUUAAGGAACCAGUCACCAAGAAGAACGUCCCUCCCCCAAAGGUUGUUGAUGAUUCAGAUGAUGAAUCAGGAAAUGAAUCUGAAGAUUCUGUAGAUCUCGAGCAACUCAUUCAAGCAAAGUAAAAGAAAACCACUGCUGCUCUAGGAAAGAGAUCAAGAGGUGCAUCAGACGUUAGUGCCACCAAGAAAGUAGCCAAGAAGCCAGUCCAAGCUGCUGAAAGCGACGAUGAGGAGUCAGACGGUUCAGAUGAUGAGAAGAAGGAAAAUGACACCGAGAAUUCACCAGAGAUCUUUGUUGGAAACAUUCCUUUCACAAUGGAAAACGACGCCCUUAAGGAACUAUUUGAAGAGUUCGGAACUAUCGAGAAUGUAUCUGUCCCAAUGUCUGGCAGAAAGAAGAAGGGAUAUGCAUUUAUCAGAUUCUCAUCUCACGAGGAAGCAGCCGCCGCAGUUAAAGGAAUGAACAACAAAGAAAUUGAAGGAAGAGAAUUGAAAUGUAACUUCUCAAGCGGCAAGGUAGUUGAAAAGAAACCAAGAGGAGAAGGCCAAGAAGGUGGUGAUAAGCCAGAACAGAAAUCAACAACUGUCUUCGUUGGGAACCUUAGCUAUACAACAACCGAGAAAAGUCUUGAGAAAUUCUUCUCAGGCUGUGGAGCUAUCAAAGCUGUCAGAAUUGCCAAGAUGGAAGAUGGAAAAUUGAAAGGCUUUGCUCAUGUUGAAUUUGAAGAAGCUGAAUCAACACAAUAAGCCGUAGCACUAAAUGGAAAGGAUCUUGAUGGCAGAGAUGUUAAAGUUGAUAUUUCAGAGAAACUUAAGAACAAGAGAGCCGAAGGUGGAAGUUGGGAAGACAGAAGAGGAGGUCGCGGUGGCAGAGGCGGCUUCAGAGGAGGCGACCGUGGUGGCUUCAGAGGAGGUUUCCGUGGAGGUGACAGAGGUGGCUUCAGAGGAGGAUCCAGAGGUGGAUUCAGAGGUGGCGACAGAGGUGGAUCCAGAGGUGGCUUCCGUGGAGGAGACAGAGGAGGAUCCAGAGGUGGCUUCCGUGGAGGAGACAGAGGUGGCUUCAGAGGAAGAGGCGGAUUCAGAGGUAACCGCGACUGA